UUGGUUGUUAUGGGUUUAGCGCCCUUGGUUACCACUCUACUCCCACCAUGCAUCACGGCUAGCAGAGCUUGUGAGGUAACACCCAUCGUUUGGUAUAACGUUAACGUUAGUUAAGACCGCAGGUUCACGGGUAGAACUCAAUCUUAUAACGUUAGUUGGAUACGGGAUGGAUAGAAAAUAUACACAUUAAUGUCAAACGUCGACUAGCAACGCGAGGUGAUCCGUUAACGUUGUUGAGUGGAUGUAAUACAUGAUGGAGAAGGAAGUGCACAACACUGUGGUCUUCAAUGUUUCCAAGAGAGAGCUGUUCACUUCGAAUAAUGGCUACAAAUCUGUGCAGAAAAGACUGAGAGCUCAAUGGAAAAUCCAAAGUAUGAAGGAGGAGCUGUCUUUGGAGAGGCUGAGGGGCGUCAAGUUGUGGAUAACCGCUGGACCGAGAGAGAAGUUCACAGCUUCCGAGCUGGAGGUGCUGAAGCAGUACCUGGACAGAGGAGGAAACGUCCUGGUCACGCUCGGUGAAGGAGGAGAGAUGAAGUACGACACCAAUAUCAACUUUCUCCUGGAGGAGUUUGGCGUAAUGGUCAACAAUGAUGCUGUUGUGAGGAAUGUGUACUACAAAUACUUCCACCCAAAGGAGGCGCUAGUGUCCAACGGUGUAUUGAACAGAGAGAUCAGCCGGGCUGCUGGCAAAGAGGCGACUGGCGUCAUCGAAGAUGAAAAUGUUGGAAACAAUGCACAGGCACUCCUGUUCGUGUACCCAUACGGCGCCACGCUGAGCGUGAUGAAGCCUGCUGUGGCCGUACUCUCCACUGGCUCCGUCUGCUUCCCCCUCAAUAGGCCCGUGCUGGCUUUCCACCAAGGAAAGGAGGCUGGCAAACUGGUAGUGUCGGGUUCCUGCCACAUGUUCAGUGACCAAUACAUAGACAAAGAGGAGAACAGUAAAAUAAUGGAUGUGGUGCUCCAGUGGCUCAUGACUGAUAAUAUUCAUCUGAAUCAGAUCGAUGCAGAAGACCCUGAGAUCACAGAUUACACCAUGUUGCCGGACAUCGGGUGUCUGUCAGAGCAGCUCAGGGUGUGCUUACAGGAGGGCGACGAAAACCCCAGAGACUUCACGUCGCUCUUCGACAGGUCUUUGUUCAAUCUGUCAACAGACACGUUGCCCCAGGUCAUCAGUGCCUACAAGCAGCUCAAUGUGAAAGACGAGCCCCUCCAGCUGAUAACCCCACAGUUUGAGACGCCGCUGCCUCAACUCCAACCAGCUGUCUUCCCCCCUGCCUUAAGCGAAUUGCCUCCGCCCAUGCUGGACCUGUUUGAUUUGGACGAAACGUUCUCCUCGGAGAAAGUGCGUCUAGCGCAGCUCACCAAUAAAUGUACGGACGACGAUCUGGAAUUCUACGUGCGGAAGUGUGGGGAAAUUCUGGGUGUGACGCCAAAGUUGGAUAAAGAUCAGAGGGAUGCCAAGCACAUCUUGGAACACAUUUUCUUCCAGGUCGUAGAAUUCAAGAAACUCAAUCAGGAGCAUGAUGCCGACACGUAGGCACCGCCACUCACGCCAUGGUGAUUGGAUUCAAGCCGGUUUUAGAUUGUCAUCUCUCCUGCUGUCAUAGAGCAGAUGAGAUUUCUUUUUUUGAAAGAUGAGGGCAAAGGCAUUUUAGAAAGUACAGUAUAUCCAUUGUUCUAUGGUUUUCCCCCUUGGGGGAAAAAAAAAUAAGAAGUACAAGCAAAGUUAUUGAUACGUAAAUCUGUCCACUUUAUUUAAAUCUGUCCAAUUUCUAAAAAACAUUUUUAAUUCAUACAGCACCCUGCAUGAACAGUCACACAUAGAUCCAGUUUAAAUAAGUCACGUGGUACAUGAGAUUUGAGAAUGUACAAACACAAGAUAGACCAAAUUAAGCAAGUCCACUUUGAUUCAACCUUGGUGGAUGAAGAUGAAGACCCUCAGACGUCUUCCCCCAUGCAGUGUGUGGCGGGACAUUCUUGGCCACGUUAGGGAGACACAUCCACCACAUCCCCUAUUGAGUGAUGUGUGGAGUGGGGGUUUGGACUCCACGUUGGCUCCAGAGCGCUGGACUCGAGGCCCGGUUUCGGGCUGUUCUCAGAUUUAAUCAAAGACACGUCCCACGACAUUUGAGAUGCGGUGAGAUCGCCGUACGACCGGUCAAAUCCAGCAGCUUUCCCCUGCCUUCUAAGGUGGACUUGGGGAGUGGAGGACUUUCCCUGCAACGGGACGGCCAGGUGCCCGUCGGUCCCUUGAGGAGUCACUCUGUGCAUUGAAGAUCCCAGAGCAGGAGAAAUGGGGUCAGCUGAUAGGUAGUGAGCGGCCGGGAUGCACGGCCUUCCGUCGGAGCAGUCGGCCGUGGUGUCGACGGACGCUCUGGACGUGGACAGCUGCUCCGGGGACAGAGCGGACGGAAAACUCUGUUCCCCAAAGAACUUCCUGUCGAGCUCUGACAGCGACGAACCCUCAAAGCUUUUCAUACCUCGAAUAAAGAGGAAAGUAAAAUAUUAAAUCCCAUUCAAAAUGAUAUCAUCUGACCAGUGAACAGAAACAAUUACUUUACAGUGAGAAUUAAAGCAAUUUUCCUACCUCUAAUGACAAAAGCCUUAUCCAUUGUGUUCUUGUGCCAGUGAGUGUUGAAUGAUCACCAGCUGGGUUUUAGCCUGUUGAAGCUGAUUGUUAAUUGAAACAGCUGGCGGCAAAGCAUGUCAUUAGUCCAGAGCGAGGUGGUCUAGCAUACAGCCUGGUAAAAGUCAUGCUUACUUUCUUUUAUUCCUUAUAUUUAAAUAAAAUGUUUUUUGGACUACGUA